UAGGUCAGUUGCAUUUGGGCUAAUCACGGUGCUGAUAACAAUAGUCUUGGCUUAUAGAAUUCUUAUAAAAAGUGUGGAUUUCAUUUCGCUCGAAUCAGUUGUUGUUUGGUCUCCACUGCAGUCCAAUAUGAGGGCAGUAAUUGCAUUUCUUGCACUUAUCGGUAUCGUUCAGGGCAUUUCCUACGCAGACGUGCUGGAGGCGGAGUGGGAAACCUUUAAGGUGGAGUACGAGAAGCGCUACGAAAGUGAGGACGAGGAGUUGCUCCGCAAAUUAAUCUUUUAUGAUAACAAGAAGGCGAUCGAUAAACAUAAUAUACGUUAUGCCCUAGGCAAGGAGGCCUACGAAAUGGGCGUGAAUCAGUUUACGGAUAUGCUGCCCAAGGAAUUUGGGAGCCUGAUGCUAACUAGCAUCAAUUUAACGGAUGCCACAUCCGAUAUAGACAUUAUAUAUUCAGCACCAGAAAACACUGAAAUACCCAGCUCUAUCGACUGGCGAGUGAAGGGUGCAGUCACCUCAGUGAAGGAUCAGGGCAAGUGCGGCUCCUGCUGGGCAUUCUCCGCAGUGGGCACCUUGGAGGGUCAGCAAUUCUUAAAGACUCGGCAACUGAUGUCGCUGUCCACGCAGAAUUUGCUGGACUGCUCAAGUCGGUAUCCCUAUAGCAAUAAGGGCUGCAAUGGCGGACUUCCACUACAAGCUCUGAUGUAUGUGAGGGACAAUGGUGGCAUCGAUAUCGAAAGUUCCUAUCCCUAUGAUAGUCGUCAGCUUUCGUGUCGUUUCGAUCGACACAAUGUCGGCGCCUCAGUCAGCGCCAUCGUGAGGUUGAAGCAGGACGAUGAAUCGAAUUUGGCUGUUGCCACUGCAAUCAAGGGUCCAAUUUCGGUACUCAUCCAUGCUGGCCAGACUUUUAUGCAAUAUCGUAGUGGCGUCUAUAAGGACAACUCCUGCAACAAAUACUUCAAUCAUGCCGUUCUGGUUGUGGGCUACGGCCAUGAUAGCCGCGAGGGUGAUUAUUGGCUGGUAAAAAACUCCUGGGGCAGCAAAUGGGGUGAAUCGGGCUAUAUACGCAUGGCACGCAACAGAAACAACCAGUGCCGAAUCGCCAGCUAUGCCAUUUUUCCUUUGGUCUAACGAUUUGCACAUAUUUAUCAUUAUGUAGUAAUCGCGUUCGUUUAAAUAAAGAGGAAAGUGCCUAAGCUGUGUAA